AUCACGUCUAGGGAAUAGUUUGCUACUGUUUUUUUAUGAGGGUUUUCACCGCAUAAACUAGCAAUACUUAGAGUAAAAACCUCGACAAACGACAACUGAGACCAUGGCCUCCACCUCACGGGACCGCUGCUUUUGGUUGCUCUGGAGACGGACCCUCCUCGCGCUGUGGCUGUGCGCGCUCGGGGCGAGUGGAGCGGAGGAUGACAGCACCUUCAACGCAGAGUCAUGGCUGAGGAUGUACGGUUACCUGCCCCAGGCCAGCAGACAGAUGUCCACCAUGCGAUCAGCUCAGAUCCUGUCCAACGCCAUCAGCGAUAUGCAGCGGUUCUAUGGCCUAGAAGUCACCGGACACAUGGACCCUCAAACCAUCAGCGCCAUGAGGAGACCCCGCUGCGGUGUACCUGACAAGUUUGGAGGCCAGAUCAAAACUAAUGUGCGGCGGAAACGCUACGCACUCACUGGACAUAAAUGGAACAAGAGCCACCUCACAUACAGCAUCCAGAACUACACUCCCAAGAUUGGAGAGUAUAACUCUUAUGAGGCCAUCCGGCGGGCCUUUAAAGUCUGGGAGAGGGUCACCCCACUGACCUUUGACGAAAUCCCCUACCAGGAGAUCAAAUAUGGACGCCGCAAGGAGCCAGACAUCAUGAUCUUCUUCGCUUCAGGUUUUCAUGGAGACAGCUCUCCUUUUGAUGGAGAAGGGGGCUUCCUCGCUCAUGCCUACUUCCCUGGACCUGGAAUGGGAGGGGACACGCACUUUGAUUCCGACGAACCGUGGACCAUAGGAAACCAGAACAUUCAAGGUAAUGACCUGUUCCUGGUCGCAGUCCACGAGCUGGGUCACGCCCUGGGUUUAGAGCACUCCAACAACCCACUGGCCAUCAUGGCUCCUUUUUACCAAUGGAUGGAGACUGAGAACUUCGAGCUGCCUGACGAUGACCGGCGCGGCAUACAACAGAUCUAUGGUCAGCCAGACAGCGGCCCCACCCAGGCCCUGCCCACAGUGACACCCCGUCGCCCAGAACCGAGACCACCCCAAACACCUCCUCGUCACCCUGACCGCCCCAGGACCACCGACAGACCAGAUCACUACGGACCCAAUAUCUGUGAAGGGAACUUUGACACGGUUGCUAUGCUCCGAGGAGAGAUGUUUGUUUUCAAGGGCCGUUGGUUCUGGCGGGUGCGUAGGAACAGGGUUCUGGAUAACUACCCCAUGCCCAUCGGUCACUUCUGGAGGGGUCUGCCUGGAGACAUAGACGCUGCCUAUGAAAGACACGACGGCAGGUUCGUCUUCUUUAAAGGAAACAGAUUCUGGCUUUUCAGGGAGGCUAACCUGGAGCCUGGCUAUCCACAGGAGCUGACUGAUUAUGGUCAAGAAAUUCCCUACGACCGAAUAGACACAGCCAUCUGGUGGGAACCAUCCGGCUACACUUACUUCUUUCAAGGAGACUGGUACUGGCGUUUCAACGAGCAGUCGCGCUCAGCUGACAGAGGAUACCCGAAACCAAUCAGCGUGUGGGGAUCGUCGGUGCCCUCUGCUCCCAAGGGGGCCUUCCUCAGCGAUGAUGGAGCUUACACCUUCUUCUACAAGGGUUCUAAAUACUGGAAGUUUGACAACCACCGCAUGAAGAGCGAGCCUGGCUACCCCAAGUCCAUCCUGAGAGACUUCAUGGGCUGCAGUGUGGACCUGGACCCGGACAGAGACACGGACACAGACUCGGGACCCAAAUUCCCAGAUGUGAACCGCCCACCGUUCAACCCAGAUGCCGGACGUGACGCCGACAAGGGCAAAGACAAUGACGGAACGGAUCGAGGCGGGACAGACAAGGACACGGGAAAAGGAUCAGAUGACAAAGAUGACGACUACCGCGAGGGUCGCGAGGAAGACACCAACGAGGUGGACGUGGUGCUGAAGGUGGACGACAGCGAGGAGCGGACCAUGAACAUCCUGAUGGUAACCAUCCCGCUGGUCCUGGUGCUGUGCAUCCUGGGACUGAUCUACGCCAUCAUCAACACGCUGCAGAGCAAAGGGGCGCCGCGGCUGCUGGUGCACUGCAAGCGCUCGCUGCAGGACUGGGUGUGACCCUUGACAUUAGGGGACGCUGAACUUUGAACUUAAAUUGGACUUUAGACACCCGCCUCCUCUAAUCCCCCUCCCCCCACGAGUGAUCCAUCUGUCUCAAGUCUCUGUGCUCAGUGGCUUCUGCAAUUCUUAGUACAUGUGGUAGUAGAUCCAUGCAAAUACUGUACUGAUAAAACACACACACACACACACUAGAAGCAAGCAUAAAUCAUGUCUGACACACACACACACACUCACACACAUCCACACACCAUCCUAACCUCCUCUUGUCUCCCAUGGUGCUCUACAAUGCGUUGACUGUAGUCUAUUUAUAUGAGAGAAGUUUGCACAUUGUAUUUUUUUUUCUCGUUGUUUUGUUUUGGUUCAUUUUGUGUGACUUUAUGUUGUUAUUAUUAUUAUUUCUAAACCAGGAAGGCCGCUCUAUUCUCUCUCCCGGGUUUGGACCGCCCUCCUCCUUCCCCUAAUCUCAGUAGGGGCUUUUUCCUCGCCGAUAGCUCGACAUCUGCUUAUGCUAUCACAGUUGCCGCAAAAAGAAAGACAUGCAAAGGGUCAGAACAGAUUUAUAGAUGAACCGCUCACACAAGUAGGGUUUAGUAGAGUACCUUCCUCCUUUCAUCAUCCUCUUCUUCACCUUGUUCUGUCUCCUCCCUUCUCUCUGCAGCACAGUUUGUCAUGGGCUGAGGGACGAGUUAGAGAGAAACAGGGUUUGAUCAUAUCAGAUAUUUGACGGUAGCUGGUAGUAAGAGGUGUUUGGAGGCCUAGUGUGAGCCCUUUUGACUCUGUCUGAUGAUGGAAGGUUAAAAUCUGAAGGUUGGAGCUCUGUUGUUCAUACAGGCACCGUUUUGGUUAUACAGUAAAAGAUAAGUCCAGUUUAGUACAACUAACCCUGUUAUUUUUGAGGUUUUGGCCAUUGAUUUUGAUGGGUAUAAUAACACUGCACUCACCAAGUUAAUUGCAGAGAUCUGGGAAUGUGGAAAUCUGAGGAUACUGCUAAAAACAAAUCAGUCACAACUCCGAGGUUAGCCCAAUUUAUCUGGCAGAGAAAAUGAGGACGGGCAGUAAAAUGUUUGUUACAAAACAUAAAUCAGUCUACAGACCGGGUUCCACUUUGUUCAAGGCUUCACUUUGAUCUGCCCUACUUGCCAUAGUUGUGCACCCACAGUUUCAGGUGUAAUGCGAGGAUGACAUCCAAAUUAAAAGAAAGGAAAAAGGGGUUAAAGGAAUAGUUCAACAGAUUUCUUUAGCUUUGAACAAAGCCAGACUUCCUGUUUCCCCCUGAUGAGUCCUCUCAUCUACUUCUCAGUGAAAAAGCAAACAAAAUGUUGAAUUACUUCUUUUAAAUUUAGCCGAUUGUCUGACUGAUCAUGUUUGUUGCCUCGUCAGGCUUUGUUGCCGCCAUUCUGCUGUGUUCACAGAUAUCUGCAAUCAUUUUAAAUAUGAUAAACAGAUAGAAAUGAUGGCUAAAACUACAAAAAUAAAACUCACAGCUGUGACACACUACAAUUAUCCUUUAAAUUCAUGCCACUACCGCCUUGUUUUCCUUCUUUAUCCUGUGCCCACACAGUUAGAUAAUAGGUCCAAUACCUUCUUUCUGUUCAUACUUGGAAACCAUUUAAAGACCUCUUUGGCUGAAAAGGUAAACAGACUUUAAAGGGGACUGUUUCCUUUAACGCUCAUUUAUGUGGCUAAUUCUCAGAGAGCCUCUUUUUUUUCUGUCAACAAUAAGAGCUUUUAUUUGUGCUACAGAGGAGACAGACUAAUGGUUAAUUUAAAAAAAAGCCAGCUCACUGUGAAAUAGCACAGGAGAGGUAGCAUUCAUUGCAUCUGUGUGUGUGAGAAACAAAGCAAAGCUGUGGCCUUUAACUUCAGCACAGGAUGUAACCCAAGAAAUGCAGCGCAGCAUUUGCAGGGAGCAACUACACUGCAUUGCAGUUCAUAACAAGACUUUUUUUACUGCUAGUGUUUUUUUUUGUUUCUUUUAAAGGACAAUUUUGUUAUGAAGAUAGCGAAGCUGUGAAGCACCACGGUGGGCUCGGGCUCAUGUGAACGCAGACUAAUCCUCUUCAUUAAAAAACAGCAGGUGUGUGCAAAUGCUGUUAACCCCUGUGACCCCUAAACUAAACCUUGAACUCCCAGAAUCAAAACACUCCCCGCUCCCGUUUCAUCUCGCAACACCAGAGACAGGAUGGAGGAGGAGUGCGUGCACAGAAAAAUGUCUAUCUUAACUUGUCAUUAUGACCAGCCAAGGAUUAAAGGGGCCAUGCCAUGAAGCUACUUCAAUCACAAAUCAUUGCCAGCCAUUUUCAAAUGCAUGCCGUGGAGUUUUACAUUGUUGUAUGUAUGUUUUCUACCAUUGGUGGCAGCCGUUGGUUUCCAUUCAUUUGAACAGAGUAUUAAAAUCAGUUAUCACACUGUUUAACCACAAAAAUAACUUAAGUAACUUUGACGGACUUGAUGUUCACUUUGAUGGAUUAUACAACUCAAACAAGUUUUAAUUUUGAUUUUUAUACUGUAAAGAA